CCGACUGUGACAGUUCAACAAACCGCUCGCUGUUAUCUUACGCCUAUGCUCAAAAAGUCUCCAUCUUUGAACUGUCAAAAAUCUCUACAGUUUCUUUUCAUGCCCCAUUCUCCGUCUCUUACCCGAAUCAUUAACCAAUUCAGGUACCCAUUAGUUUUAUGAUUUACCUUUACGCUAAUUUUUGCUCGUAAAAUUUGUUCGAUUUUGAAGAUCAGUAAGAACAUUAGAAAAUAAAAGCAAUGCAGUUGCUUCAAUUUGUUGCUGUAUUAUUUUCAUUCUUGAAUUUCUCGGAAAAUGUAAAUGCGGGUAUGACGAGUUCAUUCACUCGUUCUCAAGCGCCGUCUACUGAUAUCCCUCUUGAUAAUCAAGUAUUUGCCGUUCCAAAGGGUUAUAAUGCUCCCCAGCAACUGCAUAUUACUCAAGGUGAUUAUGAUGGAAAGGCUGUGAUCAUUUCUUGGGUUACUGCUGAUGAACCCGGUUCGAACAGUGUGGAGUAUGGUACAUUGGAGAAGAGAUAUGAGUUUCAUGCUCGGGGGAGUGUGAAGAACUAUACGUUUUAUAAUUAUACUUCGGGUUAUAUUCAUCACUGUCUUGUGGAUGGACUUAAGUAUGAUACGAAGUAUUAUUACAAGAUUGGAGAAGGUGAUUCAUCUCGUGAAUUUUGGUUUCGAACUCCUCCGGAGAUUGAUCCGGAUGCUCCUUAUACUUUUGGAAUUAUUGGUGAUUUGGGUCAAACAUAUAAUUCUCUAUCCACUCUUGAGCAUUACAUGCGGAGUGGGGGACAGACUGUCUUAUUUGUUGGUGAUCUCUCUUAUGCUGAUAGAUAUCAAUACAAUGACGUUGGUAUCCGAUGGGAUUCAUGGGGCCGUUUUGUUGAGAACAGUACUGCAUAUCAGCCAUGGAUUUGGUCAGCUGGGAAUCAUGAGAUAGAGUACAUGCCGGACAUGGGGGAAGUUGUUCCAUUUAAAUCAUAUUUGCAUAGAUUUGCUACUCCCUACACUGCCUCAAAAAGCAGCAAUCCUCUUUGGUAUGCCAUACGGCGGGCAUCUGCUCACAUCAUUGUCCUCUCUAGCUAUUCUCCUUAUGCGAAAUACACUCCUCAAUGGAGAUGGCUGAGAGAGGAGUUUAAGAGAGUGGACAGGGAGAAGACACCUUGGCUUAUUGUACUGAUGCACGUGCCUAUCUACAAUAGUAACGUUGGUCACUACAUGGAAGGUGAAAGUAUGCGUUCCGUGUUUGAGAACUUGUUUGUCCGUUUCAGAGUUGACUUCAUUUUUGCUGGCCAUGUGCAUGCUUAUGAGCGAUCAUAUCGCAUUUCAAAUAUACACUACAAUGUGACAAGUGGUGAUCGAUAUCCUGUACCUGACAAAUCAGCCCCAGUUUACAUAACUGUCGGAGAUGGAGGAAAUCAGGAAGGUCUUGCUGGAAGGUUUUGGGACCCACAGCCAGAUUAUUCUGCCUUCCGUGAAGCCAGUUAUGGUCAUUCAACUUUAGAAAUCAAGAAUAGAACGCAUGCAAUCUACCACUGGAACCGAAAUGACGAUGGCAGAAAAGUACCAACUGAUUCAGUAAUUUUCCAUAACCAAUACUGUGGAUUGUCCUGCAGGGCAGGCAAUCUGCACAGGAGGAGACAUCUUAAGGCUAGAAGACGUAUCAGUAACUGAACUUGUUGGAUAAAAAGCUGUUUGAUUCAGCUUGCACGCUUAUGAAUACUGUACGCAUAGUAUUUGCAGACUCCGUAAUUACUAAUCCAGUACAGUGAUUGCUAAGAACAUAUGUGGACUUCGACAGUUCAGUUGGGAAACAUUACACAUCUGCAGGUGCCGGGAAACAGCUAUUAUGUCGUUAACAAGCUCAUGUACUUCUCAUAUCCCAUGUAGAGGAAUGUGUUAAUAUUUUUAGUUGUAUUAAUCAUGAAAUUUAUGAAUUUGCUUCCCUAGGCAAGUUCACUGAUUCGUUUUUGAAAUGUAAGUAAGUUGACAAUUAUUAGAUGUUAGUAUUGUGCUUCCGGAUACUCCAAAAUUCAAAAUUUCUUGCAAUAAGAUGCUCUACACUAUAAUUUCUGA